CUUUUAAUUUUUUUGUGUUGCUGACGACAAGCUGGUGACUCCUAGUUACAGGGCGGCAGCUUCGAUCGCACAUGGCAGACGACAAAAGGGUUGUGUUUCAGCUCGCAAAGCGGUUCACAAAUAUAUUCAGAACACACUAUGCAGCCGGUCUGUAUACCUCAGUGUUGUGUGCAGCCUGUCCGAGUGGUGAGAUGCCUUUGGAUAUACGGCGUAAAAAACAACAUUAAUUUAUUGGGUUAGGCUGAAAGGCUGUAAAGUUGAGCAACCCACUGCUACUGUUCUAGAUGACUGUUGGGAAUAUACAAGUAGACAAGGCAGUGGUUUUGGUUGGACAGUUGGAAAAACUUGCUGAUGAGAAUGGUUGGAGGUUGGCCCUUCCGUGGUGAUUCAGUAUGGGGAUGUGCUUACCGUGCCUUGGUGGACCUGGAAACGACUUGUCCACCACACCAGAUCGAGAGACAAGGAGACGUGAGCUGGCAGAGGCCGCUGAGAAGAGACAGAAAGAGACAACCUACAGGGGUGUCAAAAACCCCCAAGCAGUUGAGAGAAAUAAAAAGAAUAAGGAGAUGGAGAAACAAGAGAUGAGACCGUCUCCGCCUGGAGGAGAAGGAGGAGGAGGGAUGAAGGUUAGUCCUCAUAUUUUCAACACAGAUUAUGUCAUGUCACAGUCUGCCUGCAACUUCAGGAGUGGCAGGUAGGCUAAAGAUAGACAUGGAGAGAUCCUGGAAGUCUCAAUGUAGACUGAGGUUCAGCUAACAACAUGAAGAUGGUACUAGUUGACUUAAAGGCUUUUUUUUUUUGAAUAUCAGCCCUUAUACUAGAUUUUUUAUUUUUAAAUGCAAGCCUUUUUUAGAGGCGAUUGUGUGUCUGCAUCUCUCAACUUCGUAGGAUAGUUUGCCGGGCUUCGACGCUGGUAAAAUAAAUAAAUAAAAAAUUCUGCUGCCCAAUGUUGGCCGUGUGAAUCACAGGACAUGCCUCCCUUAAUGCCAAGAUAUACAAGAGAAUAUGCAAGCCAGCCAAUGGAGCUUUGGAACAGACAGGGUGGCGUAGCUAUGAAUAGAAUAUAAACACUCGGAGGAAAUAUGCUCUCACACUACAUCGAUAAACUGUACCAGGCGUCUUGCAGUGAACUCUCUCUCUUUGUGUUCUUUGUCCUCUCGCCUUUCUUUCUCUCAGCCAUUUCCACUGUGCCAGCUUUAACACCAUGGCGCUUACUUCUUUUGCAAUUGUUUCAGACAUUUUGAACUUUGAGGAAUAUUCUUGUGAUCUAUUUACUGUAUAGUAUAUUUUCCUUCUAAAAUUAUUUUAUGCAACAAAGUCCUUUUUACUGUUCAAAAUAGGCCUAGAUGAUUCAAAUGUCAUUUUCUAUUGUAGAUCAGUGUGAAAAGAACUACGUUUCCCAUAGCUACUGAUGAACCACGUGAACGUUUUAGAGUUCCCGCACCAGCACUAUUCAGUUGACUUUUCUAUUGUAGAUCAGUGUGAAAAGAACUACGUUUCCCGUGUUGUACUCACUUCGCCUCCAUGGCCUUUUUAUAUUUUUAUUUAUUUAUACAUAUAUCUGUUUGCCUUCACCUCCCUUAUCUCACCUCACUUACUCACAUUGUAUAUAGACUUAUUUUUUUAUCUUUUUCACUGUAUUAUUGACUAUAUGUUUGUUUUUACUCCAUGUGUAACUAUGUGUUGUUGUAUGUGUCGAACUGCUUUGCUUUAUCUUGGCCAGGUCGCAAUUGUAAAUGAGAACGUGUUCUCAAUUUGCCUACCUGGUUAAAUAAAGGUUAAAUAAAUAAAUAAAUAAAAAUAGCUACUGAUGAAUGUUUUAGAGUUCACGCACCAGCACUAUUCAGUUGACUUUUCUAUUGUAGAUCAGUGUGAAAAGAACUACGUUUCCCAUAGCUACUGAUGAAUGUUUUAGAGUUCACGCACCAGCACUAUUCAGUUGACUUCACUUUAGUGUUUGAUUUUCAUAUGUCUGUGCAAUAUAAGUUAUUUGCUACACGUUGUAUUGGUUUGUAAUGUAUGAAGAAAAUGCUAUAUUUUAAAUGAGGUAAGAGGU